AUGGUCCUGGGUGCAUUCUCCUCCUGCAAUUCUCCCUUUGCAGGACCUGUUUUAAAGAAGGGAUGGCACACAUCUUCUGAGGGCAGGGGAGGAAUUCUUCUCAACACGUUUUCAGAAAACAUUUGUAUUAACAAGAACCUCAUGAAUAAACUUGAUUCCUCAGACGUGGAUGCAGACUCUCCUCCAGCUCCUCUAAGGAAGACCAUGAGUCAUGAAAGUUUUCACAGAUUCUCCAAGGUCCUCCUCACAUCAAUCAUAAUUUUAUUGCUGUUGAAAAUCUUAUUCUCCAUUGCUCUGAUCACUAUGUUUAAAAAAUAUUCUCCACUUCUUGAUGAAAAAGCAAUUACAAAAGAACUGAAUCACACUGAGUUGGGAUGUAAAAAACAGCAUCCACUCCUGAAAGACAAAGUCUGGAGCUGCUGCCCAAAGGACUGGAAACCAUUUAGUUCCCACUGCUACUUCCCUACGAUUGACACUGCAUCUUACAGCGAGAGUGAGGAGAAGUGCUCCCGCAUGGGUGCUCAUCUGAUGGUGAUCCACAGCCAGGAAGAGCAGGAUUUCAUCACCAAGAUCCUGGAUCCUAAAGCUGCUUAUUAUAUUGGGCUUUCAGAUCCAGGUCAUCGACAGUGGCGAUGGGUUGAUCUGACACCAUACAAUGAAAGUGCCUCGUUCUGGCACCCAGGUGAGCCCAACAGUGACCGUGAACAAUGUGUUAUAGUAAAUCAUCGAGGUUCUGGUUGGGGCUGGAAUGACAGCCCUUGCAGUGGUGAACAGAAGUCAGUUUGUCAGAUGAAGAAAAUAUACUUAUGA